UAUUUUAUUAAAAAAUCAUAAGCAAAUCAUCAUAGCAUUUCUCUUGGAGAAAAAAAAAAAAAGAGUACAGCUUAGAAAUAUCCUACAAUGGGACUUUUUGAAGGACUAUACAAAGUGCUUAUGCGUCGUAACUCUGUUUAUGUCACCUUCAUUAUUGCUGGUGCUUUAAUCGGUGAACGGGCGGUGGAUUAUGGGGUUCAUAAGAUCUGGGAGCACAAUAAUGUUGGGAAGCGUUAUGAGGAUAUUUCAGUUUUGGGACAGCGACCUGCUGAAUAGAUUUGCAAUGAAGACGAACAUUUCAAUCAUCUUACAAGAAUAAAUUUUCCCUCAGCCUUGCUUUUCCGAUAUCUGCAUUGCAUUGGAGGGAAAAAAUUAAGUGAAAAAUGUUACUUACAAUUUCCAUGGUAACAAAGAAUUCACAUUGUUCUGUAUCUUAGCAACUUUCUAGUUUGUCCACCAUGCUUAAAAAAUAAAAGGAGAAUUCUCCCAGGUUUCAACUUGUUAUGUGUGAAUACAAUAUAUGAGAAACUUCUUUCUUUCGUA